AUGGAGGGCGGUUGUGGAUCCCAGUGGAAGGCGGCCGGGCUCCUCUUCUGUGUCAUGGUUUUUGCGUCUGCCGAGAGACCGGUCUUCACGAAUCAUUUUCUUGUGGAGUUGCAUAAAGACGGAGAGGAAGAGGCUCGCCAAGUUGCAGCAGACCACGGCUUUGGAGUCCGAAAGCUCCCCUUUGCAGAAGGCCUGUAUCACUUUUAUCACAAUGGCCUUGCAAAGGCCAAAAGAAGACGCAGCCUACACCACAAGCAGCAGCUGGAGAGAGACCCCAGGGUGAAGAUGGCCCUGCAACAAGAAGGAUUUGACCGUAAAAAGAGAGGGUACAGGGACAUCAAUGAGAUUGACAUCAACAUGAACGAUCCUCUUUUUACGAAGCAAUGGUACCUGUUCAACACUGGGCAAGCUGAUGGCACUCCUGGGCUAGACUUGAAUGUGGCCGAAGCCUGGGAGCUGGGAUACACCGGGAAAGGAGUGACCAUUGGAAUUAUGGAUGAUGGAAUUGAUUAUCUCCACCCAGACCUGGCCUACAACUAUAACUCUGACGCAAGUUAUGACUUCAGCAGCAACGACCCCUAUCCCUACCCACGAUACACAGAUGACUGGUUCAACAGCCAUGGAACCAGGUGUGCAGGGGAAGUUUCCGCAGCCGCCAGCAACAAUAUCUGUGGAGUCGGCGUGGCAUACAACUCCAAGGUGGCAGGUAUCCGGAUGCUGGACCAGCCUUUUAUGACGGACAUCAUCGAGGCCUCCUCCAUCAGUCACAUGCCUCAAAUGAUAGACAUCUACAGUGCCAGCUGGGGCCCCACAGACAACGGGAAGACGGUUGAUGGGCCCCGGGAGCUCACGCUCCAGGCCAUGGCUGACGGUGUGAACAAGGGUCGUGGGGGAAAAGGCAGCAUCUAUGUGUGGGCUUCCGGGGAUGGCGGCAGCUACGACGACUGCAAUUGUGACGGUUAUGCAUCAAGCAUGUGGACCAUCUCCAUCAACUCAGCCAUCAACGACGGCAGGACCGCCUUGUACGAUGAGAGCUGUUCUUCCACCUUGGCAUCCACCUUCAGCAAUGGGAGGAAGAGGAAUCCCGAGGCUGGCGUGGCCACCACAGACUUGUAUGGCAACUGCACUCUGAGACAUUCUGGGACAUCUGCGGCUGCUCCUGAGGCAGCUGGCGUGUUCGCCCUGGCGCUGGAAGCUAACCUGGAUCUGACCUGGAGAGACAUGCAGCAUCUGACUGUGCUCACCUCCAAGCGGAACCAGCUCCACGACGAAGUCCAUCAAUGGCGACGGAAUGGGGUUGGCCUGGAAUUUAAUCACCUCUUUGGCUACGGUGUCCUCGAUGCAGGUGCCAUGGUGAAAAUGGCUAAAGACUGGAAAACUGUCCCUGAGAGAUUCCACUGUGUGGGAGGCUCCGUCCAGAACCCUGAAAAAAUACCACCCACUGGCAAGUUGGUACUGACCCUCCAAACAGAUGCAUGUGAGGGGAAAGAAAACUUCGUCCGCUACCUCGAGCAUGUCCAAGCGGUCAUCACUGUCAACGCAACCAGGAGAGGAGACCUGAACAUCAACAUGACCUCCCCCAUGGGUACCAAGUCCAUUUUGCUGAGCCGGCGUCCAAGAGACGACGACUCCAAGGUGGGCUUUGACAAGUGGCCUUUCAUGACCACCCACACCUGGGGGGAGGAUGCCCGAGGGACCUGGACCCUGGAGCUGGGCUUUGUGGGCAGUGCGCCACAGAAGGGGUUGCUGAAGGAAUGGACCCUGAUGUUACACGGCACCCAGAGUGCCCCAUACAUCGAUCAGGUGGUGAGGGAUUACCAGUCUAAGCUGGCCAUGUCCAAGAAGCAAGAGCUGGAGGAGGAGCUGGAUGAAGCCGUGGAGAGGAGUCUGCAGAGUAUCCUGCGGAAGAACUAG